GAGAAGAAGAGCCCUGUCAGAUGCUGGUGUACGUCAGUUAGACAAAAGCCAGUAGGAAAAAGUGAGCAAAGUGGUGCUGAGUGGGUAGUUCUAGGUCGGAAUUCAGUAAAAGGAAACGAGGACCAUGCUGAGGGUUUGUCUGCGUGGAGUCAAGGCCACAGCUCAGAAGAGCUCUGGGAGAAUCCGUCUGACUAAUGUGCAGCAGUGCAGGGUAUACACCACAGGAGAAAGCAGUGGUGCUUCCAGAGUGGUAGCAGCUGGCUUGUUGACAGUAACUGGGGGCAUUGGAGGCACAAUCAUCUACGCCAAGUGGGACCACAAGUUUCGAGCAGCAGUGGAGAAAAAUGUUCCAUAUUCGGAAUGGCUGUUAGGUCUGGCUUUGGGACCUGCUUCUCAAGAUGCAGGUCUUCCCAUCAGGAAACAGAUGGAGUCCAUCCAGCCUCCUUCUAUGAUGGAAAAACAGAUGAGAACGUCCAAAGCGAAGUCCGAAAAGAAACUAAAAGAGACAACAGAACCCGCAUUGUCACAGCCGACACAAAACAUCCAGGCAGAGGCUUCAGCAGAGGCGACUCAGAUCAUCUCGGCCAUCAGUGAGGUCCAGUCCAUUCCAGCUCCAUGCGACACCGAGCCCGCAGCAGCUGCAGAGGACUGUAAAGAAUGCAGUGAUCAUAAUAUUGCCUUGGAAACAGCGGCUGUCCUUCAGGAGACAGAGUCGGCUGGAGCAGCAGAGCCUCUGAGAGAGCGGUCAGCAGAAGAAGUGGCUGCUAGGCUGGCCCAACAGAAUCAGGACGAAAAAGACAUUAUCGCAUCGCUGUCGGCCCGACUGGACGACUCCCUGGCCAGUUCUGCCAAGGCAACACUGCAGGCUAUUGGAGCUCAGGAGGCGGCUCUGCAGGCUAUCACUCAGCACACACACAAGCUAAAGGAGGCAAUGGAGACAGAGGGUCCAACGGAGGAAAAGUCAACCCAGUGGAAAGAUCUAGAAGCUGCUCUGGCAGACAGAACAACUUCUGUGAAUGUUGCCAAAACUGCUCUUGUCAAAGCCAAUGAAGCUCUGGACAGUCUAAAAUCAGUGAUUGACAAAUCCAGAGGGUUGAAGAUUACAGCUGCACGGCCGCUGAUCUUAGCAGCAGAAGAGAAUCUCCAUAAAAUGGUGGUAGACUUAGACAAAGUAGUCUCCAAGGUCCAAUCAGCAGAGUCGGAAGCAAAGAUUGUGGCCCAGUACACUGAACUGGUUAAUGAAGCCAAGCAGCAGUUUCAGAGGGAAGUGAGUAGCCUAACUCCAGAGAUCCAGGCCAACUGGAAAGGCCUUACUGGUAAACUGUCAACAGAUGACCUGAACGCUUUGAUUGCCCACGCACAUCGGCGCAUUGACCAGCUGAAUCGAGAACUGGCUGAGCAGCGAGUCCGAGGACAGAUCCACAUGGAAGCGGCGCUGGAGCAGCAGAGAGCCGAGGACCAGAAAGCUCUGGACAAAGCCGUCGGCACAGCAACGCAGCACGUUAAAGAGGAGGCCCGACUGGAGCAGGAGAGGAAGCUGGCUGACCUGAGAGAAGUGAUCGAGGCAGAGAUGAGAACUCAGCUGCGGCGGCAGGCGGCCGCUCACACCGACCACGUCCGAGAUGUCCUCAAAGUCCAGGAGCAGGAGCUGAGAGCUGAAGCCGAGCAGGAGCUGAGCAGUAAGCUGCUGGAGCAGGAAACCCGGUACCGUCAGCUCACUCAGGAACAGCUCGAUGACUUCACUCUGGAUAUGAAUGCUGCCUACGCAAGACUGAAGGGAGUGGAGGAGGCCAUAGACAGCCAUGUGGAAGCAGAGGAGGAGGCCCGGAAAGCUCAUCGGCUGUGGCUGUCUGUGGAAGCGCUUACCUACACCUUAAAAACAGCCAGCGCUGAGUCUCCCAGCAUGCCCCUGGAGGACGCUGCGGAGGCUGUGCGUGCUAGCUGCGUUGACAGUGAUUUUGCCCUGGCUCUGACGUCAGCUUUGCCUGAAGAAUCCCUGAAGCGCGGUGUGUACAGCGAGGCUUCCCUUCGUGCUCGUUUCAACUCUCUGCGAUCGCUCGCUCGCAGAGUUGCUCUCAUCGAUGAAUCCCACAACACCCUGUACCAGUACUUUUUAUCGUAUGUCCAAGCUGCACUGCUUUUUGAGAAGCAACAGGAAGUCCCGCCCACCCAGCUACGCAGCGAGGAUUUGGAUCCCUUCAAGCUGCUCUCAUAUGCCAGCUACUGCCUAGAGCACGGGGAUCUGGAGCUGGCAGCCAAACUGGUGAACCAGCUGCGAGGGGAGGCCAGGAGAGUGGUGGAGGACUGGCUGACUGAAGCCAGACUCACACUGGAAACCAGGCAGGUCAUCAGUUUGCUUUCAGCCUAUGCCAAUGCAGUGGGUUUAGGCACCACCCAGGCUCCAUAGCUGCCUCGUUGACCAGGCAACCCAAAGGUAGCAUGUAUGUUGGUAGAGGAAGCCAGCUGGAAUGUGGUUGGAUCUACAACAGCAAAGGAAAGCGCGAUAUUGUUGCAGUGAACCAUCUAUUAACGUUAACCCACAGAUUAGUUUCAAAUCACUAAGAUAAGAUGUAGUCUCAGUUUAGGUCUCAGCUUUAUUUUCUUUACCUUAUUUGGCAACAUGCCAUGGUCAUCUUAAUAAAUAAGUUAUGCUGCACUGUUGUGAAUAUUGCACAUUAAAUAAAUCAUUAAGAAGGAA